ACCACCGCCGAGCGACGGGCCAGCAGCUUGCCGGCGUUCGUCCCGAGUUUCCGUUGUGCGUCCGUCCCGUGCCGUCGCGAGAACCGCGUCCGCGACCGUUUCUGGUCGGUUUUAUCUCCGGGAAAUAUAUACGAAAAAUCCGGGCGUAAUAUUGUGAUAUUAUUGGAUUGUGUACACGCGACGUUGUUGUUGCCGUGCGCGUACCGAACACGAAAAUCGGUUGAAACGUUAAAAAAAAAACAGAAAAGAAAAAAAAAAAAAAUACGAAAAUUGUUUACUCUAUACGAAAUCACGCGCGCCCUGUGUCGUCACGCAUAUGUUAUACAGAUCGUGAUUUAUAUUUGAUAUUUUUUGAUCGAUUACCGUUAAUAUUAUUCUAUCGACGUCGCCGUAAAUCGGGUCCGCAAUCCGGCGCGACAGCAAAAACCACCCGUGUUUGUGCGUGUGCGAUCUCCGUCAUCGUCACCGGUGCGGUUCGUUUCGGGCGCAGUGUAUAUAAGUAUAAUACGACGUAAUAAUAUUAUAAUAAUAUUAUAAUACUGUUGUGUCGGUGUCGUGGUUGUGCGGGGGUGUUUGCGCGUGUGUGUGCGUGUGCGAAAUGUCGGCCGACGAAAUCCGUGUUCGCCAACGACGCUGACGAUACGAGACCGACCGGUGGAAAACCGAGGUUUCGAUCAGACCGCUGCAGCAGCGUUACGUCGCACCGUUCGCAUCGCGAAUAAGUGAUAAUAUUCGAGAGCCUUUGGUUUAGGCGCUUCCGUUCUUAGUUUAUCGCGUGUUUUAUUUUUGACGAUUGUGCGAGUUUUUAAGUCCGCGAGGAUUUCAGCGAGCAGAUCCCGUCGCAGUCGUCGACGAAGGACAUCGUGAAAUUCUCCACUGUCCAACGGACUGUCAACAGAACCGGAGAACGGAAAAAAAAAAAUAAACGCGCCCCUUCUAAAUUGUCUUCACUUUGUUGUUUGUUUUAUGCAUUUUCUCUGCUCUGUGCGAUCGAUUCGCAUCGCUAUGUUGACAUUAACGGUACUGGAAGUAGACUUAAUGUCCUAGGGUGGUUAGAUAAAAAAAAAAAAAUACUAAAGAGAGACGAGUAGUUAAAAGAAGAGUAGAAAAUAAAGAAAAAAAUAAGAUUUAAAAAAAUUUGUAAGCAAGGGGCGCGUUUACUGCACUUUAGGAGGAUGUACUCGACAAAAGUAACAGUUAUGACGUUCCUGGUGGCCAUAUUUGCAGUGAGCCCACUUCAGUCUUCCGAAGGUAAGAACUCACACUUCAUUGAUGAUACUAAACGAUAUUCUAAAAGAUAUCUUAGCGAGUUUGUAACACUAACAAAGAAAAAAUACAACCCUCAGCAGCAGAAAAAACAGGUGUCCGAUUUUUUGGUCAGGCCGUUUUUCGACACGUCCGUAUCGUCCAACAUCACCACGCAACUGGGUGGUCACGCUUACAUGCCUUGCAGGGUCAAGCAGCUCGGUAACAAGUCGGUGUCAUGGAUACGGCGGCGGGAUUCGCACAUACUCACCAUUGAUUGGUUGUUGUUUAUCGCCGACGAUAGAUUCCGGAUAUUUCUAGUAGAGCCCACGUGUACGUGGACGUUGCAAAUAAAAUAUGUACAGCCCAGGGACGCUGGCAUUUACGAAUGCCAAAUUAAUACAUCACCUAAAAUGAGCCAUUUGGUUCAGCUCAAUGUCGUAGUGCCAAAGAUCGAGAUCAUGGGCGAGUCGGACAUCCACGUGAUGGAGGGCAGCUCGGUGAGCCUGAAGUGCGUGAUCCGGCAGAGCGUCCGGGACCCGGACUACAUAUUCUGGUACCAGAACAACAAGCGGGUGCUGGACUACGGCAAGGGCGCCAAGGUGAUCAGCAGCGAGCGGUUGGACGCCAACACGAUGGUGGCCACGUUGACCAUCAACAACGCGGUGCGGCACGACUCGGGCAACUACACGUGUCAGCCGUCCAAUUUGGACUCGGCCAGCGCGUACCUGCACGUCUUGAACGGCGAACAUCCGGCCGCCAUACAACGGGGACACAGUUCCGGCACUCAGAUACCCAUCCGCCUGUUGGGACCUCUCUCGGCCGUGUUGGGACUCAGCUCCAGCCACUCGACGAGGGCCGCCCUGCUGACGACCGCGUUCGCCGUCGACCUGGCCGUCCGGACGCUGUACUCGAUGAUCGUCUAAACGGGCGACACCAAGGGAGCCUAUCGCGAGCCUGCAGUACAGCCGCCGCCGAACCAACCGAACGACUUACAUACCAAAUAAUCAGAAAAAAUACCCCCCCACAAAAAAUAUUACACACCACGUCGCCGACGGUUAAACCACGUCCGAGGACGUGCAGCUAAGCGUAUCGAUGAAAUGCGCACGAACACUGUGCGCGCACAACAUACACAAUAUGUUACCAAAAUUAAUUUUCCGCCGUACAAUAUACCAAUAUCGCGCAAAGACGAUUUGUUUUCAUUAUUAUUAAUAUUUAUAUUAUUACCAUGCGAACGAGUCUAUGUAUAUAAUAUUAAACUUGAACCGCGGGUGUCCGUCGGCGACGCGUUCUUUUCCGAACGUGUACAGUUUUUUACGUGUAUUUACUUAUAACUAUCAUUAUUAUUAUUAUUAUUAUUAUUAUUAUUGGAUGUCUAAUAAAAAAAAAAUUGAAAAAGUUACUGAUUAGCUUAAAUAUAACGGAAUUUAUAAUUUUUUUUUAAUUAUAUUACACAACCGUAUAUACAUAUAUAUAUAUAUAUUAUAAUAUUAUACCUAAUAUACGUAUUGAGUUUACGGCCAAUUGACCAAUGAUUAUAUUAUAUUAUAUGUUAUGAUUUAUACCUAUUAUAUAAUAUUAUUAUUGUCAUAUUGUACAUUAUUGUCGAUAACCCGACAAACGAAUAAUGACGUACAGUGAUGGACUUAUAUUGUUCACUUGUAAAAAUUCUACAUUUGCUUAUUAUUUUGAUAAACAUUUUUUCAGACAUUCCAAAAGUCCAUGAAAAUUAUGUGUUUAUAAACAUUAUUCGAGAAAAAUAACUUAUAAUAAAUAAAACCAUAGGUUAUUAUUAUUAUUAUUAUUAUUAUUAUUAUAAUUACUAUACUACUACUAAACUAUUUUGCUCUAAAUGUUGUUAUUGUUUUGAUUUGUUCUUUAAAUGUAUUGUAUAAAAUUACGCUAAAAAAUGAUAUUACUUACGGUUGAUAUUUAUGUACAGCACGUGUAUACUAAUUUUUAAACAUUCUUUCAUUCUAGUCUAUGACGAUUACAUAUUGAUAUAUAAAUAUAACUACUAAUGGUGCGCUGUUUAUGUAAAUUAUAACGCUAUAAAAUCAAAUAUGAACAAAACUAGUUUAUAUUUUGCGUUCAGUACAGUAAUAUUACCUUAAAUUAUAUUAUAAUUCCAUUAAAAUAUUAAUAUAAUUUAUUAUCCACGUAAAUUAAUAUUGUUCUAGCCUUUUUUGAUUGUUGUAAAUUAAACAUUUAAUUUAAACUUUAUUAUGAGUCAUAUACUUAAAAAUAUAUGUGUUGGUUUUUGUUUAUGUUUUGCGAUACUAUUUUCCAUAUUUUGUACAGUGAUGACGUGUUAUGUUUCAU